UCACAUGUAGGAGAAGUUUAGCCGGAAGCUGCUGUUAGGAGCAGGGAUGAGAGGAAAGAAGCUUCUCCUUGGGUCUUUUUCUCCACUAAAGAAAGAAGAGGAAACGGCGGCAGUAGCGGGAGUCUCUCAGGACAGUUUUUCAAAGUAAAACACCAGGAAGAAGCUAAAAACAGAAAUCCUAGCAGGAACAGAGCAGGUUUCGCCAUGGCUCUGUACAUGAAAGCCGCUGAGAUCCUGCAGAAAGCUGAGAGGAAGCAGGCCGCUCUGAAGACUCUGGUCUACGACAGUAAGUUUGCGAACAUCAAGCAGCUGUUCGCUUUGGUCUGUGAGACCCAGAAGUUCUCCUCCGUCCUGCAGGAGAUCAUCGAGGCCACCAGGCUGCUGAAACUCACCAGGCUGAAGAUGCCUCUGGCCCAGGUGCUGGUCUACGACCUGCUGAUGGGCCAGGGCCUGAAGUGCGGCGGCUCCUGGAAGGCCGUGAUGAUGAAGCACCGCUCCAGGCUGCAGGCGGAGCUGGCCCGCAUGAAGGUGAAGCAGAAGGUCAGCAGGAACGAAGACCUCCUCCCGGCGAACCUCCAGCAGCCCCACGGGGACCAGCUGCCCAGGUAUGUCCGUGUCAACACCCUGAAGACCACCGUGGAGGACGCCGUGGACUACUUGAAGAGGGACGGCUUCUCCUACCUGGGCCAGGCCUGCAGGCUGGAGGACUUGAGCCUGAAGGACCGACACUUUGUGAGGGAUCUGCACCUUCCAGAGCUGCUGGUCUUCCCUCCUAAGACAGACUUCCACGACCACUUCCUGUACAAGGCCGGACACAUCAUUCUGCAGGACAAAGCCAGCUGCCUCCCCGCCUUCCUCCUCCACCCUCCUCCUGGAAGCCAGGUCCUGGACGCCUGUGCUGCCCCCGGCAACAAGACUAGCCACCUGGCCGCCGUCAUGAAGAACCGGGGCCGGCUGUUCGCUUUCGAUCUGGACGCCAAACGUUUGGCCACGAUGUCCACUCUGCUGCUGCGAGCCGGAGUCACCUGUCAACAACUGGCCAACCAGGACUUCCUGAAGGUGGACCCUGAUGGUCCACAGUACAGAGACGUGGAGUUCAUCCUGCUGGACCCGUCCUGCAGCGGAUCAGGUAUGGUGUGUCUCCGGGACAACUCCUCUGCCGACCAGGACAAGGAAAAAGCUCGUCUGUCCUCGCUGGCGUCCUUCCAGCUACGAUGUCUGAACCACGGCCUCCGCUUUCCUCGCCUGAAACGUCUGGUUUACUCCACCUGCUCCAUCCACCGGCAGGAGAACGAGGACGUCGUAGCCGCCUGUCUGCAACAGAACCCCAGCUUCAGACUGGUUCCUCUGCUGGCUCAGUGGCCUGAACGAGGCCUGGAUCCGCUGCCUCAGUGUCUACGAGCCGAUCCGACCAAAACCCGAACCCACGGCUUCUUUGUGGCGCUACUGGAGAAACACAGCGAGGCUGAGGACGGGAAACAGGAAGCAGCGGUUCAGAUCAGCGAGCAGGAAGAAGCGACGCCUCACAGUCCACCGACAUCUGAGAACAAACCUGCAGCUUCAGAGGACGAGUCUGAGGCUUCAGAGAUGGAGGAAACGCCGACACCUGCAGGAGAGACGGAUGUUACAGCCAGCAAGAAGAGGAGGAGGAAGAGGAAGAAGAAGAAGAAGAACGCAGCAGCAGUGACAUUUAAAGCAGUUUAAACCAAAGAUGUUUCAUCAUUGACCACAUACUAAACUAUGAUUUUUUUUGGCCAUUUUUGAACACAUACUAAACUAUGAUGUUUUCGUGACAUUUUUGACCACAUAAAUUGAGGUUUUGGUGACAUUUUUGACCACAUAUUAAACUAUGACGUUUUUUCACCAUUUUUGACCACAUGCUAUGACGUUUUUUCACCAUUUUUCAUCACAUACUAAACUAUGACGUUUUUUCGCCAUUUUUGACCACAUACUAUGAUGUUUUCGUGACAUUUUUGACUAAAACCUAAACUGUUUUUGUGACAUUUUUGACCACAAACUAAACGAUGAUGUUUUGUGACAUUUUUGACCACAUACUGAACUAUGACGUUUUGUGGGAAAAGAAAUCAUCAUGAAUUUUGGCCAUAGUAUACUAUGUCGAAAAAAAAUGCGAUUUUUCAACAUGU